UUUCAAAACAAAUGUGGUCAUGGCGAAAGCGAAACAACGGCGUGCGGCAGAGGGACGGUGGUCAGAGAAAUUGGAUAGGUAAUUUUGAAAUUUGAAGUAAUUUAAAGAGAUUCACACAGUAGCGUACAAGUUGGGCGGAAAUGGAAAUCUCGGGAGGAAGAAAGAAAACAGAAGAAAUAAAGAUUUAACUGCUUUGCUUGCUACUCUGAUAUGGGAAAAUUGAGGUGAACGUUGUAAAAAAAUAGGCUGGAAACAGUUCAGCACAGUAUAUAUGAUAUUGUUAUGAUGGAGAAAAGUCCAGCAGCUUCCGCCAAGGAUUGGAGCAUUCAGCUUGAGAAAAGCCUCCGAUCAAAGGCACCAGGAAAAUCAGUUGAAGCGCUAGAAGAAAUUGGCAUUCGGCUCCAGAGGUGGAAUAGUCAGCCAGAGCUAUCUUUUGCAGAGUACAGAAUGUUUGGCCUAAUCUCCGGAGAGGAUAAGCUGUUCCUCAAUGCAAUCUUCCUGCGUCUUGGGGAUGCAUUUAGGUUGGGCGACAAACAAAUUAAAAGAAGUGUCGUUAACCUUUUCUUGAAAAUGAAGAGGAGAGAAAGAGGUGAGGAAGGUAUUCUGAGCAAGGGUAAACUGGAGAAUUACUUGGAAUUGUUGAGGAGGGUGAAGGAAGUGUUUGAUAAAGGUGAUGCUGAAGAAAGGACAUUAGCUUUGCUCUUGUUGGGCUCCUGGGCUCAUUUCACGAAAGAUUGCCCGGAUAUACGAUGUGAUGUGCUGUCGAGUUUGGUGACAGGUGAUGUUCACGAGGUGAAGGCCGCUUUAUUUGCUGCAGGAUGCUUGUCUGAAUUGUGUGAGGACUUUGCCAGUGUGUUCUUGGAGAUACUUACGACAAUGGUUCAAUCACAAGAUAUAUCAGAAGACAUAAAGUUGGCUUGCGGGAGAGCAUUUGCUAAAUUGUGGUGCCCAUUUUCACUAGCACAAAAGGCAUACAAGACAGGUUUAAAGGUCCUAAUGGAUUCUUCAGAAAACUGCUUUUCAGCUCUGAUGCUGAUUUCACUUUCCAAGAUUGCUUCUAGGUGGAUGCUUCUAGUUCCUUCUCAGGUAGAAGUGCUCUUUCUUUUUCUAAGUGAAGAGAGAUCUUUGCACAUACAAGCUACAUCAUUAAGAUGCUGCCGCAUCAUAUUGAAUAACGGUGUAUGUAGUGUUCCUUCAACCACAGGGACAAUCUCUAAGUUACUUGGCAUAUUACACAGAUCCAACCUUGAGCAGACGAUACAGCUAGAAGCUUUAAGAGUCCUCCACAAGAUCCUUUUGUUUGAUUUACCCAUCAUUGCAUGCACAGAGAUCCCGGAGAUUUUUCUUGAGUUGUUGGCAAUAAUUAAAACCACGCUACAUUCAUCCCAUACGUUAACCAGAGUUGUAGCUGUUAGAGUUUUAGCCGAUCUUUCGGGAAUAGUUUUGGGAAGAGUAGAUAUGGUAUCAUGUGGAGCUGGUUAUGCCUUGGCAUCGCAGGUGACUUCUUUUGUCUUGGAUCAUAUCUUUUUCCUUAUGACACCAAAAGCAUCUUCUUUUUAUCAGGAUGAUAUUGUUGUGGAGCUUGAGGUUAAAAUCUUGCUCAGCCCUUUAUUUAAUCUGGUUGAGAAUCAUCCGUACCUCCAUUCUCUAGUGCUGAAUAAUUUAUGCUUGUUCAUGGAUAAAUUUAUGAAGAUGCUUGACGCAGUUAAGGACCUAGAUUUGAAAAUGCUGUCGGAGUCAAAUAUCAUGCUUCAUGUAUCCAAAAUGAUUGUGGCUUGCUUGCAAAAUCUUGAAAAUACCGAUGACACACAAAUGAGCCAAGUCUUGGAAGCAGUAAAACUUCAAUCGCAAAACAUAUGCCAUAGAAGCUAUUUUGGUAGUCACACCAGUAUGAGCUACUUUCUUUUACUGCACUUGCUUUCCACCUUUAUCGGCAUGCGGCAUGCAGCACAGGAAUUGGUAUCUCCAAGUAGAAACUCAGAUCUGUCUUAUGCUGAUUCCAUAUUUCAAUCUGAUAAACUUGCCUUUGAAUGUGCAAAAAUGAAGAUGCUAGAUGGGAAUAAUUACUGGUACUUGUACAAGGCUGGGAUAACUGCUGCCUGCCAGGGAGCAUGGUUUACAUCUUCUUUCAUAUUCGAAGAACUUAUUAUGGCUGUUCAGUCUGCUUCCUGCUCAUGCUGGUUGAAAUUUUUGGCUCUGUACUCUAUGGCAGAAAAGCAGAUUCAGCUAUAUAUUUUAGCUGACCAAGGGAAUUCUGUUUCCUUUAGGCAAAAUCUUCUCGCAGCUAGCAAUACACUUCUCUCAUCAAAGCAGAUUCUUUCAACCUCUGACAUGGAUGAAAUGUUCAGUUUCCAAACAUGGUUUUUAACCCUCAGAGCUAAUACCUUGAAAACUGUUGUUGAUAUGUUAAAGCUUCUAGACACGCCGCAUCUAUUCACAGCGACUUCUCAUGCACUUGGUUCUUUAUGUCACUCCUGUAUUGAGGUCUCCCGCCGAAUGUACAGCUUAGCUCAAGAAUUUGACCUACUCUUGGCGUCUUUCAUGGUUAUGGACAGGCAGAGUGUGAAGAGUGUUUCAGCGCUCUCAUUGAGUUGCUCGCUUAUGGCCUUUGUAGCUGGUUUUGCCUUUCUAGCACCAAAAAUGCAUUCAUUGGAAAAUAAUAGAAUUUCGGAAUUUAGUAACUCAGUCGACCCUCACCAUGCAUUGCUUAUUGAAGAUUUAAUUUCACGAGUGACGCAUGCCAACUGCAAGACUAGGGAAACUCUCUUGUUUCUUCAGAAGUCAUUUCGCAACUGCAAGGGGUGUUUUUCUGGGUGGUCCCAGAACAGAAUUACCUAUACGUCAUAUGAAGCAAUACUUUUGCACAAGCUAGCUGAGUAUUGUAUCAGGGAGAUUAUUGGGUUGGGAAAUGAGGUGCAACAAGAUGGCGAGGGGUUGUCUCGGAUUCUUAAUAAUGGUACACAGCUGCUGCUGCAAAUAUUUUCAAAACUGAUGUUGAUUCCUUUUCGAACUCCUCGUCAUUUCUUUCGAAUAAGGCCUGCUGUUUACUCAGAGAUCCUCAUGUUGAAUGAAGAUGGUCAAACGAUUGAUGGAUCAUCUAUUUUGUCUGGAGUCCCUCUUUCUCUCAAUCUGGGUUUUCAACUGAAAAACAAGCCGGUUGGCCCACCGGGCCCACUGAACAAAGCCUACUGCAUUCUUAGUUUUACAGCACCUUCUCAGAAAACAAACGCGCAGGCCCAGCCGAACAGGCAGGAUCAGGCAUUCGAUGAUUUGAUGGACUUGAAUGAGAAGCUGUCUAGAUAUGUUGCAGGCUCAGUGUGUACUCAUGGUCUUCAUUGUGGAAGUCUCAGUAACCAUUUGACAGUACACGAAUAUGUAUGUUUCGAGCUCAACGAAAGUGGCCAAGGUUUCUCUACUUGCUUGCUCGAUGUUUCCUCUUUUCCUAGGGGCACUUACAAAAUCAAAUGGCACAGUGGCUGCGUAGAUAAUAAAGGUUCUUAUUGGAGCCUACUUCCCUUGAGCCAUGGCCCGUUGCUCACCAUCGAUUGACACGACAAGUACCCAAAGUUUACCCGCAAUCAGCUGAUACGGCUUUUUUCUGUGAUGUUCCAUUUGUUAUUUCACAAAUACUGAGGGAAAAUAAUAUUACGUGAUGCGAUGCGAUGAAUCAACGAAAUUAUUCGAGGGCUGGUUGAUGCACACACUGAAUACUCCAUCUGGCUGCUUUUAAUUAAAGAGUUUAACGAAGAACUCGUCGAACAAGGGACUAGAAAUGAUUGGAAAUUCUCUAUGCUGCAAAGUGGAACCUUGAAUAUUUUCUGUUACUGUACCACCAUGAGGAGAAAGCUCCUGCACCUCUGGCUAAAUAAGAUAUUACUGCAGCAAAGAAAGCUCCUUCUGCCGUGAGUCAAAAAGAAAUCUGAAGUGUACAAAGAAGAAAUAUGAAUCUAGCAGUGAGGAUUCCAACUCUCCUGGAGAUGAGCCUUCCUAAGAGGGUCCUGAAGAAAACAAGUGCUCUGGGUCUGAGUAUUUGUUCGUGGAUUUGAUAGA